UUAUUGUUUCAGGUCACAACGUUGGCUGUACUCAGUAUAGCGUCCGCCAAAAACUCAACGGCAAAAACGAAGCCGAAGCGACAGCUGGACAACAUCAGAACCCCACAGAACCUCCAGUACUCGCUCGUGCUGCCCCACUCCAGGGUCACCAACUACCGCCAGAUCAGCAGCCGCAGGAUAUCCAAUGUGCCCCCCCGAGCUGGUCGACUUCCCCCUUAUGCGGUCCAAAUGGAACCAGUCGUCCAAUACUCGCAGAAGGACCCGCUGUACGAUAGAAACCACGAUAACGUGGACAACCCAGUCGUAAACAAAAAUGAAAUCUACGCCCAAUCCAAAAUCCUGAAUGUCGAUCAGGAUCUGGAGAGCUAUGGGCCUCCUUAUGGUGGACUCCCCACUGCGCCUCUCUACAGCAACGAACCGUCUCACCAUUAUUUGAAUUACGAGGAACCGGAACCGAUUAUCGAAAUCAUCAUCAAAGAAUCCAACGAGUCCUUGCCCGCUCCACCCCCACAACCAAUUUUGAAAAAGAAGAAGGAGCCUGUACAAGUGUUCUAUGUGAAAUAUAGCAAAGACCCUCACACUAAAGAUAAGGUUAUUUAUGAGAAACCAGUCCCAGCAAUAACACCUCCGUCCAAUGUCGAAGAUGACCAUCAUCACGAGGAUUAUGUUACUGUCACUCCAGAACCCCUGUAUCUUCCAGCACAAACAACAACCUUGAGAGCAAUCAUCAAGCCUGAAUCAGAAAUUUACCACUCAGAUAGCAAAGUAAAAAUCACGUUUGGAAAUGAAGGAAGGAAUUAUGGCAAUAGAAGAGAGGAACACUCGUUUUCAGAGGACAAAGAAGAAACUGCGCCUAGACCAGCAAUAGCGCUGCCGAAUCAACCUCAAGCGUACGCCCAAUUAGAACGGUCAGCGUCACCGCAGCAGCAAAAUACUCAAUCGUUCCAUUCAGGAAUUAAUGGCCAAUCUCAGUUCCAGCAAUCAUAUAUAAGCUUUGAUCCCCAACUGCCGCGCCAGACUCCAACGAUUGUACCGUUUAGAGCUUUGCCACCUCAAGCACCACGACAAGGCCUGUUUAACCAACAUCCCCCAGGACACCAAUCUUUCGCUAACAUAUCACCGAGCCCCAGCAAUCAUGGUCCCACUUCUGUACCAACACUUCCAGGUCCUGUCAAUUUCCAAAAUUUUGCUCGCCCCCAAAAUACUCCUUUGAGUCCCCGCCCCAGCCCACCUGCAUUCGGCGCAAGACAACAUUUCAAUGGACCGCCUAAAAGUUUCCAUUCUGGGCCUCAAAGACCAUUAUUCCAACAACAGCAUCAAUCUCAACCUCCGACAUAUUUUGAUGAACCCAAGUAUUUACAAGAAAAUUACCACACGAUAACGACUGAUCAAAUUAACACGCCUAAGCCGGCUCAACCACCUAUCCAAGCCAGACCAGCUCAAUCAUUUAAUUUUGGUCAAAAGCCCAGCCCGAGCCCUUCAUCAUCAUUUGGUCAGGAUCAUCAUGGAGCAGCUCAACAACUAAUUCCUUAUAAUCAACAGUUGCCUCAACAAUAUAAAUAUACAAGUUUCAACUCCAACCAAAACAAACCAUCGUUCCCAGUUACUCCUAAUAGACCACCUUUCUAUAACCUGAAACCAUCGCCUCCUCUUAUUGACAACAAUCGUCAGCCAUUCUUACGUCAACCACCUCAUUCACAACCACAACAGCAGAUUAAUUUCCAUCAAGGUCCCCAAGCUCUUUCUAGACCAUCAGUAGAGAUAACUAACCAAGGACACCAGAGUGUGGCAUUUAACGGCUUUUCACCUUCUCCAUCACCUUCACCAUCUGUCAUACCGCAGACACAAUUCUUACCACAACCAUCAUCAACUCCCUUCUUUAGUUUCAAUCCGCAACCUUCAUCUCAACCUCAACAACACUACCGCCAGCAAAGCUUCGCUUCAGACAGGCCUCAGCAAUCGCAAAGUCAGACAGAACGUCCUCCUAGCCACCAAAGCAUACAAGAUCACGAGCACUUGCAAAACGUUGGCCAAUUUGUUUCAAAUGGGGCUGAAUUAGUACCAGCCGUCUCUAAAUACGAGCAGCAUAUAACUGUUAAUGGGCCUUCUCAACCGAAUUAUCUACAGCAGUCACAGCCAACUUCUUCCAACCAAAAUAAUCAAUAUCAACAACAGGUACAAAAUGCUCAGCAACAACAAUACGACGCUGAACAAGAACAAUUGAAGCAACAACUAGCUCAAAAUGUGCGGAAACAACAGGAAGAGAUUCAACGACUCCAAUCUCAAUUGGUCUACGCCCAGCAACAGCAUGAGCAACAAAAACAGAUAGAUGCUCAGAACAAUUACAAUAUUUACAGUCAACAGCAAUCCCAAUCAUCUUCACAACGCCCGCAAUACGUUCAAGAGAGAAAUAGAGCGCCUGUUAACUACGUAACGAGCACAGAAGGCCCUAAAUAUUAUCAGACAUCUCAAAGAACUGUAGAAAUUAGGCCUACCACUCAACACUACGUUUCGUCCACAUCAAACUCUGUAAGCUCUACACCUGAACCAAAGAAAGAAGAAAAGAAGAAACCUAAUUAUGAGCUACCUGACGAAGUCCCAGACGAUCUUCGACAGCAGUUGCUUUCGUCUGGUAUAUUAGACAACGCUGAUAUAAGUGUAUUGGACUAUGACAAAGUAGGAGAAACACCUCUAGAAUCGUUACCACCAGAUCAGCUAGCUAAUUUCUUUAGUGCUGGUGGAGCACAACAAAUAUCCGCCAGUGAAAACCAGCCAACAGUUGUCAAGCCCAACGGUGACAAAAUUGAAUCCAGAAUAGAUGACAGUAUUGAAGAAGAUGACGAUCAAGAAAUCGCUGCUUCUGAAAAUGUACCUAGCUAUGUCAGUCCACCUCAAAAACAGGCGGUUGAAAUGAAAGUAGUGCAUUUCGACCCCAAAACUGCCGAAGGACAGAAACUCGCUAGUGAUUAUGUCAAGGAAGAUGCGACACACGUUGAUCCUGUUGCUUUAAAUGAUAAAAAAUAUAACAGAUAUUUGCCUCUUAAAGUAAGCGGGAAUCAAUUUCCACUACCUGAUAUUCUAAAGGGUAAAACAAUUACAUCAGUCGUAGUUCUAGCGCCAGUGGAAACGGAAGCUCUUAAUAUUGACCAUCAAAGAGCCGAAAGAGCAGCUAGCGAAGGCUUGAGAGGAAUCAAAUUUAUAGCUGGUGAUAGUCUACAAAACGUCUUGAAGAAGCCAACUAAAGAUAACUUUGAAAAAUGGUUACAGACAGAAAAGAAGACAGCUACUGACCAGCAGUCUGUUGUUCUCUUAGUUUUUGGGAAUGCCAAAUCGGCGGAUGAGAGAGAAAUCUACAUGUACGACGUUGGCUCCGGAAACGUGAGCAAACUAAGCGGAGACCUGUCUAACGCGUUCGUCGAAGCAGCAGAAAACAAUUCGUUGAGCAAAGACAUUGAAAAACUAGCCAUAGAAGGCGAAGGGACACCAGAAAAUUUCAAAAGCGACGAGGAAGCUGCCGAAUCCGAACAUGUGCCAUUAUUCGUAGACCUAUCUGGUGUAAGUUUAGAUGAUGGGAGCACCAACCAAAUCUCAAUAACCUCUGGAUACAGUAAAACAAAACACGGUAGAGCACUUAGAAGACAAUGAAUGAGACGAGGAGUUUGGUGUUGUAAAUAGUAUAGUUAGUGUUACUAAAUUAAAUUGAACGUGAUGUGUACAAGUCGUUGUUAAUUUAUAAGUGAUAAUCGAGUUA